AUGCUGGUCGGCCGUAUAACGCCCGGCAGAUGGGUGCUGAAGGACGUGUCGGUGGCACAUAGGGAGUCUUAUCUGCUGCAGCGGCCCAUCAGCCACCGAGAGAGCAACAUGCCGGCGUUCGAGAUCGACACAAAUGUCUCGGAGGACAAGAUUACUCCACAGAUCACCAUGGAGCUGACCGAGCUGCUCGCCGAAAUGCUGUCACUUGAUGUCAAGUUUCUGUCUGUGAUAUUCCGACCCAACCCUCGGAUGGUGUGGGCCGGCACCGCCGAGCCCUGCGCCGUCUGUCGGCUCACAGCCAUCAACAACAUUGACCAGGAGCACAACCGCGGCUACACCGAGAAAAUCUUCAAAUUCAUGCACGACAAGUUCGGCGUGCCCGGCGACAGGAUGUACUCGAUUUUCGUCACCCCCGGAGCUUCAAACGUCGGCUACACUGGUCGGCUGUUCUCUGAUAUGUAGGGCGUCAGCUCGGUGGACACAUGAAACGCCUUCUCCGAAGACGGCAGGAGACACGAGUAUGUAUUACGGUGUGACAUCUACGCGGCCAAGAGACGAAUGCACGGAGCGGCUGCAGGGCAGACGGUUCGCUCUAUGCUUUUCUUGCACUGUAAGAUAUUUGGGACUACAUAGUUUGCCCUGGUGUUGCCGUUACUACACGUAAAGUUAUGUUUGACUUUGUGAUGCAGCGUUUUACAUUAUGCCUGUAGUCAUAUGCACUGUUACACGAGCUCUAAUAAAAUGAGUUGUUUGCUACA